AAAGCCAUAAAGCAACAUAGUGCGAAGCUCCGCUUGAUCAUUUAGAAAACGAUACUCAUAAAUAUCACAGCAGGCAUGAGGUCUAAUCAGUCCAGUUAAAGAUUGUCGUGUCCCGGUCCUGUCAGCAGACCAACAACAGGUACAGCUGAGAGAGGACGACACAGACAAUGACAGCGCUGGGCAGUGUUGUGAUUCAGGCGGUCGUGUUACUGACGGGGCUGGUCGUCGUUCAGGGAGACACCCCGGUGGGCUGUGUGUUUGGGGGGAGCUGUGUGCUGCCUUGCCGCUUCAAGCCAAACAGUGAUACGCUCCUCCACUGGAACAAGAUGAAUGGGAAGAACAUUCAGGUCCACUCCUACUACGAUGACCAGGACCAACUGGGAUACCAGGACCCUCUCUACAAAGGAAGGACCGCCCUGUUCCAUGACCAGAUCUCAGGGGGCAACGCAUCCCUUGGUCUGGCCAGGGUGAACCUCCAGGACCAGGGCAAGUACCUGUGUUACGUCAGCACUUCAAAGAACAACCAGGAGACCUUCGUCACUCUGACAGUGAAUGCUGCUGUUGCUAAAGUGGACAUUGGGCUAGUGAACAACACUGUCACCUGUAAGUCUGGAGGAAUCUACCCAAAACCACAGCUCACCUGGUCCGUCAGUCCUCGCCCAGCCACUGUCCUCCAGAACACAACCGAGGUCCAUGAAGAUGACCAGGGACUCUAUGAAAUCAGUGGCUCCUUAAGGACUGUUAACAAUGACAUGCAAUCGAACUACUGCUGCACAGUCCAAAAUGAACACAGUGCAAGGAAAGCCACGAUGAGGUUAUACCCUCGAAUGCAAAGUACUCCCGGGAGUGAGGUGUUACUCCCUUGUAACGCCUCGGGGCUCGAUGACAUCACCUGGACCUUCAACCACCACCAGACCAUCCUCAGAAGACAAGCAGGACAAGAGAAGGUGGUUGAAACAGAGUGGCAGCAGCAUGUAAGAAACCUGUCUGAAUCAGGCAGCCUCCUGCUGUAUGUGACCUCAUCAGCCCAGAGUGAAGGGACGUACAGGUGUACUCGAAGGAACGCAGACGAAGAAGACGUAGCCAACAUUGAACUGAAGAUACCGUACGACCCUGAGGCUCAUGGUGAAAAUACAAAAUCAAUCUGUGUGAUGCUAAACCAUCCGUGGUGUGAAUGCGUUAUUGGGCUUACAAUAUUUUGACGAUGUCAAUCAUCA